AUGUGCAUUUUUACCGUUUUUGAGUGCAAUUACUUGAAUAUGGCAUGGUUGUCCGGAGUAUUGUCAUUAGUACCUAAACAUGAUUCAUUUUCACUACUUGACCAUUCACAAUUCAUACUUAUGCCGGAUUUCACUUUGCUUGCUUUUAUACCAAUUUUGGUGCACUUUUCGAUACUAAUGCUAUGUUGUCCGGAAAUGCCAUGCUAUGUUCAAGUGACUUGCCUAUUUUGUAUUGUACAUAAUCUUGUUGUUUUAAUCAUUGAUUGCUUACUUACCAGUUGUAUUUUAAUUGUGUUGUUAUUUUCUAACAAUUUUGGUGAGUUGUGUAUAUAUGGAGAAACAAGUUUGGAUUGCCCGCUUCGGUGA